AUGAACAACGCAGACUGCGACAACAGUCGCGAGUACUCGAACCUCGACGACGCACACGAGGACCAAGAAGACGGCAGCCCGAUCGAGCUGCGGAUUUCGACGACGGUCCAGGUCGAGGGCGACAACAACGCCAUCCUGCUGACGGCCUCGCCUGCAGCGCACGCCAAGGUCAUUGCUGAGGCCGUCAACGCCACGGUCCGUCACGCCGGCGGCAUGAACGGGGGGAUACCGAUGAUCGACGAGGAAGGUAGGCCGCGGCCAUUCAGGAUUUCCGUCUCGGCGGGUGUAAAUGUUGAGGGCAGCGGGAACGUGCUCGGCAGCGCGGACCACAUCAUGCAGUUCCUGAGCGGGAAGCGCAAGCGGGGCGACGGCGGCGAGGGUCGGGGCGCAGAUGAGGAGGCGGUCGUUGACGAGGCAGGCGAGGCAGGCGAGGCAGGCGAGGCAGGCGAUGGUGUUGCCCGUGCUCGGCCGAGACGCCUGCGCAGGUCCAGUUUCUAA